AUGGCUCGCUCAGUAGCCUUCGCCGUCGCGUUAGCCGCGCUGGCCGUCAUCUGCGCCGUGUCGUCCGUCAGCGCGAUAACCGCCGCGCCGGGAACAGUACCAGCCCCGACCGCCAGGGGAGCGCCGGCAGCAACGGGAACGGGCGUAGCGCCGAAGCCGAAGGCAGGGCCGCCGCCGACGAAGACGCAGCUGCGCGCCGAGCUGAAGAAGCUGUCGGCGACGAUCACGGCCAAGUACCCCAAGUACUCCAAGUACUCGACGCAAGUCAACAAGGCCAUCAACGUCGCCCUGAACUCCAAGUACAACCUGACGGCGCUGCAGAGCGCGACGAUUCUGCUGAUGAGCGACGUGGUGGCGGACCGGCUGUCGCUGCGCUUCAAGGGCAAGAAGCUCUCCAACGACGCGGCCUACAACCUCACCGCCGUCCAGAUCAUCGCCACGCGCCUCCAGAUUGCGGACCUGCAGGCGAUCAAGAAGGGCCAGCUGCUGCCGACGCAGCUCAAGGGGGUUAACCUGGUUAAGAUGUCGCCGGCUGGGCCCAAGGUGAUGCUGGGGCAGCAGGGCCUGGCGAAGCCGACGUGGAGCACGGUGCUGGACCCACAGAUGUACGUCGGGCCGUACUUCGUCGCGCACGGUGUUGACAACCCGCAGUUCCCCCUUCGGUGUGCCGAUCGAUCAGACAUGGCGGAGCAGAAGAAGGGGUCGGUGUGGAGUUCCGUGAAGCCGUUCGUGAAUGGCGGAACGGCCGGUAUGAUGGCCACGUGCGUGAUCCAACCCAUCGACAUGGUUAAGGUCCGGAUCCAGUUGGGUCAGGGUUCGGCGUUUGAAGUUACUAAGAACAUCCUCCAGAAGGAAGGCGUCGGGGCUUUCUACAAGGGUUUGUCUGCGGGUCUCCUCCGACAAGCCACGUAUACCACCGCUCGCCUUGGAUCCUUCAGAUAUCUCACCACGGAAGCCACCAAGGCCAACGACGGCAAGCCCCUGCCGCUCUACCAGAAGGCGGCGUGCGGGCUGACGGCGGGCGCCAUCGGCGCGUGCUUCGGCAGCCCCGCGGAUCUCGCGCUCAUCCGCAUGCAGGCGGAUUCUGUGCUCCCCGCGGCGGAGCGCCGCGGGUACAAGAACGCGAUUCACGCUCUAACGCGUAUAGCGGCGGACGAGGGCGUGUUGGCGCUGUGGAAGGGCGCGGGUCCCACGGUGGUCCGUGCGAUGGCGCUGAACAUGGGCAUGCUGGCGUCGUACGAUCAGAGCAUGGAGUACUUCAAGGACACGCUGCAGCUCAAGGAGAUCCCUGCUGUUAUCGGCGCGAGUGCGGUAUCCGGAUUCUUCGCAUCUGCAUGCAGUCUGCCAUUCGACUACGUUAAGACGCAGAUCCAGAAGCAGAAGCCGGGGCCGGACGGCAAGCUGCCGUACAGCUCCUCCAUGGACUGCGUGCUCAAGACGCUCAAGCAGGGUGGCCCCCUCAAGUUCUACACCGGCUUCGCCACCUACUGCAUACGUAUUGCGCCCCACGUCAUGCUGACCUGGAUCUUCCUCAACCAAAUCCAAAAGAUUCAGAAGGCCAAUGGCUUGUAG